AUGCAAGUCAGUUUCACAGAAGCCAGCAACAGCUUAAAUGGAAGCAGAGAGAGGCUGGAUUUUACACUUGUAACUUGCACAGAAACAAUGACUUUCACUGAAGUAGUGGAAGACGAGGAAUGGGGAUCCUUCUACUAUUCCUUUAAGACAGAGCAGCUGGUUACUCUUUGGAUUCUCUUUAUUGUCACAGUUGCUGGAAACUCCAUCGUGCUGCUCUCUACGUGGAAGAGGAAGAGGAAAUCCCGAAUGACCUUUUUUGUAACACAGUUAGCCAUCACAGAUUGUUUUACAGGAUUCAUAAAUAUACUGACUGAUAUAAUUUGGCGCUUCACAGGUGAUUUCAUGGCCCCUGAUCUUGUCUGCAGAGUUGUUCGCUACCUGCAGGUUGUCCUUCUGUAUGCCUCAACUUACGUUCUGGUUUCACUCAGCAUAGACCGUUACCAUGCCAUAGUUUAUCCAAUGAAGUUCCUUCAGGGAGAAAAGCAGGCGAAAGUUCUCAUCAUGGUGGCAUGGAGCCUCUCGUUUCUGUUUUCAAUUCCGACUCUGAUUAUAUUUGGGAAACGGCAGCUAUCCAAUGGGGAAGUGCAGUGCUGGGCCCUCUGGCCUGAUGACUCCUACUGGAUACCCUACAUGACUGUGGUCGCUUUCCUGGUAUAUUUCAUUCCUUUGAUUAUCAUCAGUGUCAUUUACUUCAUUGUGAUUCGAACCAUAUGGAUGAAGAGUAAACCUCAGGCUGCAAUUAUUUCCAACUGUACUGAUGGCAAAUUCUGUGCCAGAUACACCCAUCGAGGGAUCAUAUCAAAGGCUAAAGUUAAAGCUAUCAAGUACAGCAUUGUAAUUAUUCUUGCAUUUGUCCUCUGCUGGAGUCCUUACUUUCUCUUUGAUAUCCUGGACAACUUCAACGUACUCCCUGAGACCAAAGAACGCUUCUAUGCAUCUGUGAUUAUUCAGAAUCUACCAUCUUUAAACAGUGCUGUUAAUCCCCUCAUCUACUGCAUCUUCAGCAACAGCCUCUGCCGUCCUUUUGGGAAAAGAAGAGGAAGAAACUUAGGGGGAACUUUCAAAGACCGAAGUGAUGGGCAAGAGAUGCAGGCUCUGUCCAAGCCUGAAUACAUCUAGAGUGCAUAUAUCAAGACCCUCACUAUUACUGCCUGAGGAAUGUGACAUCUCAUUCUUGUUCUAUAGCAUAUGGAUUUCAGGCUGGCAUUGCAAAUUCUUUCACUGUACACCCUACGGGCCAAAUUCAGCCCUGAG